CCUUAUGUACAACACAAAGCUACUGCAUAGAUGCAGCAGGCAUUCAGAAAGGCCAGUAGAAUAUUGGCCCUUAUUUCAAGGGAUUAGAGUGUAAGAGACCGAAGUCUUACUGCAACUGUACAAAUUGCUGGUUUCACUAUUUCAAGAACGAAAGAAAACCAAAUUCUUACAGAAGCAAUAUCCAAAACUAUUGGCCAUGGUAACGCUCAUCCAAACUUUCACAGACCAUACUGAUGACGUUAACUGUUGUGCCUUCUCUUCCACUUACCUGGCUUCCUGUUCAUUGGACCGAACAAUACGCCUUUAUUUAUUAAAGGAUUUCUCAGAGCUUCCUUUCUCGCCACUAAAAGGUCAUAGUUAUGGUGUACAUUCCUGUUGCUUUAGUUCUUGUGGGAAGUUUCUAGCUUCCAGUUCAACUGAUGGGAACACUGUGCUAUGGAAUCCCAGUUCGGGAGAGAAGUUGGCAACAUUGAAACAGCCCAGUGAAAGCCCAGUAAGGGUUUGCAAAUUCUCUGAUAAUUCCAAUUAUUUGAUAUCUGGUGCAGCUGAUGGUACUGUGGCAUUAUGGGACGUUCACAGGAAGAAACUUCGCAGGACAAGUGCUGUUGAGGAUGGAUCGGUAAUUGCUUGUGACUUUUCUCCUGGUGGAAACUACUUUGUAACUGGCUCAACCUCUGGAGAGCUGACUGUCUGGGAUUGCCAAAUGAAGUGCCUUCUAAAUAAGAAAACAGCUCAUGACUUGGGAGUCACCUGCUGUGUAUUUUCACCUCAACCAAUCAACGGUGACAUGGAUAAUUCAGAAUCACAUUGCUUUCUGAUGGCUUCUUGUGGUCAGGACAACAAAAUUAAUUUUUGGAUUAUGUCUUGUAAAGAGCCAGCAGACUGUGACCUCAGAAUGAAAUGCUCAUUAAACCGGCACACAGCUCCUGUUUUGUCAUGCUGUUUUUCACCAGAUGGGCAGAUCUUAGUUUCUGGGUCUGUUGACAAAUCUAUAAUCAUUUGGAAUUCGAACAGUGGAGCACCGCUUUAUACACUGACACAGCAUGAACGGUAUGUGACGGCUUGUGCAUUUGCACGUGAUCUCCCCCUAAUUGCAACUGGCUCUAUGGAUAAAACUGUGCACAUUUGGAAAAUUGGAUUUAAGGACAAUUCUGAUAAUGAAUUAUCGGGGAAACUUAGACGUUCUGUUCAGCACUGGUCAGAAGAUGAGGUCUCUCGUUGGCUUUCAGGAGAAGAGCUGCAAGAUUUAAUCGAUGCUUUCAAAUCGAACAACAUUGAUGGUCAGGAAUUGUUGAGUCUUACUACAGAAAACCUUCAGAACGAUUUGAAAGUUGAGUCAUUUGGACUGCGUAACAAAGUAAUGCGAAAAAUUGAGGAACUAAAAGCCAAAAUGGAAUCUGUGUGUGUUGAAGUACCAGAUGAAUUCCUCUGUCCAAUAUCACGGGAGAUCAUGACCAAUCCAGUGAUUGCUUCAGAUGGCUAUUCUUAUGAGAGAGAAGCAAUUGAGAGCUGGAUUAAUACUAAAAAACGUACAAGUCCAAUGACAAAUAAGCCAUUGGAAACAUCGUUAAUAACACCCAACAGAACCCUUAAAAUGGCUAUUGACCGUUGGAUAGAAGGCCGACAAGUAUUACGAAUGCCAGCAAACCAAGGAUGCAAUUAAAUCUUCGGACUUGUAAAGUGGCUACUUGUAUAAAGAGAAGAAAACGCAGAAACACACUUCAACAGAUGCUUAGGAAAAAAGCAUUGCAAAUAGGCUACAAAAAACCUCGCAAGAAUUUUAACAAGCAGUACAUUGGACAAACUGGCCGAAAACUAGCCACAAAAAGACAUGACUCUCUAUCACUAGUAUCCUACAUAAAGAGGAGGAAGGACACCAGUUCGAAUGGGACAACACAUCCAUCCGAAGACAAGCCAAACAGCGAGAUGCAUGAAAAUUCCUAGAAGCAUGGCAUUCAGAUUUCUAUCAACAAUUUGGACACCACCUACCUCCCUCUAAGAAAAAGAACAGGAAAUGACAAUCGCCAACCCAAGGAAAUCUAAAUGCAUAAAUAGAAAGCAGGACAUACAUCACCUCUUCACUAGAGGCUCACUGAUAAUGUUACCUAGUGACAAAAUGUCUAAAAACUAACCCCUCCAGCUCAGCAAGCAAAUUCAUCCAGAGCAAAACAAAAUAAUUAAAAUCCUAAGAAUUGCAAAUGUGCUAAACCAAAAACCAUAAGGCUAUGUUAUGAAGCCCAGUGACUUGGACUUGCAAACUGAAAAACUUUAAGAGUCAAACGGUUGAACACAAAUUCAAGCUAAUUAAAAGCAAAUUUCAGGAUUCUGUUAGAAAAAUUAUUUAUAUCCAGAUUAACAAAGGGAAUAGAUUUUCAAAAAUAUUAGAUUUAAAAUUCUGGAAACCUAACAAAUAAUUUUGAGAACUGAGGUUCUUUUUGGAGGGUAGCUAGGAAUGUGCUAAAUAAUUACAGCAGACAAGCUCUCUUAUAAAAUGGGUAGCACAAAUUUGGUUAUCUAAGAUCUGUAGUUUAGUAUAUACUAUAUGCUUUACUUGCACAAUUAUGCUGAAUUAUUAUUUCAAUAUAAAGAAAUUAAAAGCUGGAAAACCAGAUUUCCAUACAAAUUGAUGUCACUGGUGUCAAGGAUCUGUUGGCUAAUAAACUGAUUUCCAGUUCUAAAAUAAGCAUUCAGGAUUCUUACAGAGACAGUGGUUCUAGUUUUGCACCAAAACAGAUGACAGAUCUAGGAAAGACCUUGGUGGUUAGGAUAACCAUUUCCAAACUCUAAAUAUUUGCAUUUUCUUUAAAUUCUGACAGAAUCUAAAAAAACAUUCCUUCUCUCGCAAUAUCAAAGCAAGAAAGAUGGGAGAUCAGGAGAAGCAAAGAAUAGCCACUUGAAUUCCACAGUGCUAUGAUUUUUCAGAAAGUAUAAAAUUCUACUGAAGCAUAAGCAAGGUUAAAAGUGAAACUGUAAGCUUAAGGCAGGGUAAUUCUAAUAGAUAUAUAAAUACUAUACUGAUGCAUUUUAUAAGAUGGCUGUAAAUGAAAAAAAUUUAUUUGGAGAAAAAUACAUCCAGCAGUUUAGCUCAAACAAGAGUGCGACUGAAGAAAGCGAUUCCAGUGAAGAGAAGCAUUUGAGAGCUAAACAGAGGAUUCAACAAAUCCAACCUUGAAGGACUACAUACAUUUGAACCCAGUGAAUCUGUAGGUUUUAAGCUGUUAAGAUGACAUGCAAACUGUAAAUACGGUCUUGCUAAGCCAUUUACAUCCGAGCAUUUAUCAUACAGUAGUUAUGGCAAAUUGAGAGAAUCCAGCUUUAUUGAAGAAUAAUGUAAAUUAUAUUUGUAUAAUUUUGCAUCAAUGAAACCUCUGACUCAACCUUUUUGUCAAUAAUUAAAGGUAAACUCU